AUGCGUUCGAUCCCACUCGCUCUCGCUCCUCUAUCAUGCUUGCUUGGACUUGCAUCUGCUAUACUCAAGGACGGCCGUCCUCAUGCAAAUAUGAUGCCUAUGCCCAUAUUUCCCUCAGUUGAAGCCCCGUACCUCGCUUCGACCGCUCAGGCGAAGGCCACUGUUGCCUACGACACCGUGUACUACUUUGACCAGUUGAUCGACCAUAAUAACGCGUCUCUGGGGACGUUUCAGCAACGUUAUUGGCAUACUUCCGAGUAUUAUGAAUCCGGCGGUCCGAUCAUCCUGCUUACUCCCGGGGAAAACAAUGCUGAGACGUACUACCCUUUUCUUACCAAUAUCUCAAUCUUUGGCCAGAUCGCACAACAGCAGCAUGGAGCGGUUGUGAUCCUGGAGCACCGUUUCUACGGUGCAAGUAACCCAUACCCAGACCUUUCAUCGCAGAGCCUUAAAGUGCUCACCAUUCCCCAAGCCAUUAACGAUUUCGUCUACUUUGCUAAGAAUGUUAAAUUGCCAAUGACAAAUGGAGAUCAACUGGGUCCUGAUAAAGCACCUUGGAUCUUGGCUGGUGCCUUGGUGAGCUGGACUAUGGUAAACAACCCCGGAUUGUUUUAUGCCGGUUAUGCGUCAUCUGCAGUAGUGGAAGCAAUAACGGAUUUCUGGCAAUAUUACGAGCCUAUCCGCCAGUACAUGCCUGCCAAUUGUUCCGCCGAUGUGGCUGCCGUGAUUGCCUAUGUGGAUGAAGUUUUCACUGGCGAUAAUACCACGGCCAUUGACUCCGUCAAGGAGACUUUUGGCAUGAGCAAUCUUACUCAUCUUGAUGAUGCUGCGGGUGCCCUACGAAACAAUCUCUGGGAUUGGCAGUCUCUUCAGCCUACGUCAGGGCCAGAUGCACUAUUUUACCAGUUCUGUGAUGCACUAGAAGUAAAAGAUGGUAUCAGCGCCCCUGCAGAGGGCUGGGGCCUUGAACACGCCCUGGCCUCCUGGGGCGCUUACUUUAAGGGCGAGUACCUUGAACAUCUGUGCGGUGAUGUUAGCGUAGUAGAAUGUUUGGGCACUUACGAUGGGACCCUGGAUUAUUAUACCAAUACUUGCGGUGGGCAACUCUUACCGUUCCUGGAUGUGGACCGUGUAGGUUUUCCUGGCGCCACUUUCGGCUGGUACCAGGGCGGGCCCCCAGAAGGCCACCCCGCAAUUGUCUCAAGACUAGUUAAUGCCGAUACUUUGUAUGCUCAGGUCGGUCACUUGAUCUCUCUGAUGUCGCUGGUUUUCAUGCCUGUGUUCCUUUCCAGCGUCAAUGUGUUCUCAUGUUUCCAGACGCGUUCUCGGAACCGUCCUGAACCCUCGGUCGCUAAUGUCAACUCACGGUACACCGGUUGGGCCGUACAGGCCGAUCGAUUGUUCUUUGCCAAUGCGAACCGCGACCCAUGGAGAGGUGCCACCAUGUCCGCUGACGGUUUAGACAUCCUAGGAACGCUGCUGCAGCCCAUCUUCGUGGGUGAUGGCUUUCAUUGCUCGGACCUGAAAGUUGCAAAUGCGGAAGCAGACAGCUCCAUUGCCGAAGUCCAGACUCAAGCUCUGUUAUCCAUGAGCUCCUGGCUUGGAAGCUGGGCAGCUUCAAUCUAA